AUGUACGAAGAAAUGGAAUACGCAUUGGACCAAGAACUGGGCAGCUCACACGAAUGGCACCCCCUGCCCCCCCUCCCCACCCUCCUCCGCAUCAUCGCCCUCGUCUCCGGCCGCAUCAACAUCGGCCUCCCCCUCAGCCGCUCCCCAACCUGGCUAGCCCUAUACACCAAAUACCCACUGACAAUGAUGUCCUCAAUAUCCUCUCUCAUGCAAUACCCAGCUGUGCUCCGCCCCCUAGCACAGCACUUCAUCCCCUCACUACGCGAACUCGACUCCAUCCGGAACGAAAUCAUUACCCUCCUCACACCGGAAUACGAAGCUAUUCUCUCAGGUAAAUCAGACCGAAAUACCAUGGUGAGGUGGAUAUGGGAUAACAGCGAGGAACACGAGCGGACAAGAACCUACCAGAGCCACGUGCAGGCGAUGAUGUCCAUCGGGACGGUGUUGGCGAAUGCGGCGGCCGCGGCGCAGUGUCUGGUGGAUUUGGCGGAGCAUGGGGAGGAGAUGGUGCCGUUGCUGAGGGGGGAAUUUGAGCGAGUGGUGGGUGGUGGUGAUGGGAUAAGUAAGCAGGCGUUGAGCUCGUUGAGUAUGAUGGAUAGCUUUGUUAAGGAGUCGCAGAGGGUUAGGCCGCCGGGGGCGGUCACCUUCGAACGCAAAGUCCUGGUACCAUUUACUCUCCCAGACGGCACGCAACUCAAGGCGGGCGAGCAUAUCGCGGCGCCGGCGUUCCAUGUUGGCUGGGAUCCGGAGCAUAUUGAGAACCCGGAGGUGUUUGAUGGGUUGAGGUUUCAUCGGUUGAGGAGUCAGGGUGGGUUGUCUGCUACUAGUACUGGUAAGUACCACUAUGUGUCUGUGAAUGAGACGUCGUUGAAUUUCGGGUAUGGGCGGAAUGCUUGCCCGGGACGAUGGUUUACGGCUUUUCAGAUUAAGUUGUUUCUGGGGCUGUUGUUGACGAAGUAUGAUGUUGCUUCUGGGGGGACUUUGGGAGAGGGGAGUAAGAAUGGGGAUGAGGGUGAGGACACGGUCUGGAUUAGAAGGAGGAAGAGUGGUGAUGAUGGUACUAUAUAG